GAUGUUGCCUACGCGGCUCAUCUUUCCACACAGUACAGCUCUCUUUACCCAACACACUCAAUCAAGUAUUUAGCCUUUGCGCUUUCGCCACUACAUCCAUAUCGUCCUUCGAUCGUCACGAAGCGGAUCGUUCAGCUGCCUUCAUCGAAUGCAGGUUUUCAUUUUUUCUUUCACCGUUCGAUACUUGUACAAUCGUCUGUAGACAGAUUUUAAGGCCUCAGCUAAAACCUCCCCCCCUUUUUUUUGGUUACUUCGUUGCGUUGAUUUGUUGGAAGUGUGUUUCUUUCACAUCCAAUUUUAUUGUAUAUAUUUUUUAACUAUCGCUUUCCACGCCGUCAAGUACCCGGCAGCCACGCAGCGGUGAGGUCAGAUCGACCCUGAAAGGGUUGAGAUCGCAUUUCCCCAAGACAGGAACGAGGUGGCGUACGGACACUGCAGCCACGUGCUCGCAAGAAGGAAGCAAGUAAGUAAACGCCAAGCGUCUACAGAGCUACGUAGACACCCUGCGAAGACAAACAGAGAAGAUAAGCAGUCAGACUUCCGCCAUAGCAUUUACUUGCCAUGUCAGAACGGCGUCCAGUGGCUGUCGUCGUAAACGAUGGUACGGAUGCGGAGCAGCUGGAGGCUUUUCAGCGCGCCUGUAGCUUUCCAUGUGUUGUCUUUCCAGUGAAGGAUUCAACGGCGCUGCAGAGCGUCGUGCGCCGCAUCUAUGCCGCCGGCCCUGCCGAGUUUGAGGCGGUGGUGAACCUGUGCGCGGACGAGCUUGACAGCCCUGACGGUGUCACCGCCGCGCUGGCGUCUGUUUUUCUCGAUCAGUGCUCGCUUCCCUACACGGGCUGCCGCGCGAAGGCGCUCAACUACUCUUUCGACAUCGUGUUGAUGAUGCUCUACUACGCUGAGGUGCCGCUGCCGCCGUUUGCCAUCAUCGAUGGCGAGGCAGCCGCGAGGCGUGCCGCAGCGGCAUUGCAGGCGCCAGUGCACAUCCGCAGCGCGUGCGCCGUGCUGGGCCUGUACGAGGAGACGUGCGCCGUGCAGGCUAGCGUGGAGGACGCCCUGCUGCGGGCCUUUCACGCGCACGGCAAGGUGGUGGCGUGGCAGGUGAGUCCCUCGACGGAGUGCGCCAUGCAUGUGUUGGUGGCGGGCGGCUCGGUGAAGGGAGCCGUGGCGGUGGUGCCCGUGCAGCCCACGUCGCAGCCUCCGUCGUGGUGGAAAGACGGUGAGGCGGCGGCACGGCAAUACGGGGCAGCCGUCAGCCGCUUCGUCCUCUACGACUGCGGUAUCGCGUCGUUGACGCUGAAUACGCUGAGCAGCGAACCCGACAGGUGGUGUUUCCAGAACGUGGUGCUGAACCCCCCCGUUGCGCAGCUUCUCACGCUGACCGACGCAGCUGUGAAUCUGUUGGAUGCUGCGCCGUCACGGCCGGAGCUGCUGACGUCGUUGGUGGCCGAGGCGAAGAGCCGCCACCCCGAUCCCACUUUCGCCAUCAAGCUGCACAGUGACUCCCGCAAAGGCUAUCAUCUCUGCGCUGCCAAGGCGAUCAAGAAGGACGAAAUCGUCUUCGAGGACGAAUGCCGCAACUUUGCCAUCGUGACUCGCCCCCACGUCGAGCAGCACUGGGACGCGCGCUCGAAGAAGGUGUUCACCGAAUACGCCUGGCCCCUCGACUCGGACGGCCACCUGUACGCGAUCUGGGAGGAGGACCCGCGGCGCUGGCGGCCCAUCAACCACUCCUGCGACCCGAACUGCUUCUUUGCUGCCCCGCACUCCCUCAACGUCAUCGCGGCGCGCGACAUCGCUGCCGGUGAGGAUUUGAGCAUGGACUACGCCACCUUCUGCGAUGGGACGAUGAAGCCUUUUCAAUGUCUGUGUGGAGCUGCGUGCUGUCGCGGGCUGAUCCGCCCGGAUGCGGCGUCGCUUGCGAAGUACGGCGAGAACUCGUGGCUGCGCAAGGUGCCUCCCCCGACGAGGCCUCUGCUGCCGAGCGAAACACAGAAUGUGGAAGGAUAA